AAACGUGUCCUAGUUCAUGUUCAGCAGCCUUUUUACGCACACCCUGCUCUCCAGUGAAGGCAGCAGCACUUCAGAUCAGAUUUCACAUUCAGCUCCGACCAGCUGAGAGAGAGGCAGCCAGAGAGCAGGAGGGCUCGGAUCUCCGCUUUACCCCCCCUCCCCCUCCCCCUUUACGACACCCCCGCGCCACAAGCAGCGAGGAACAACCGGGCGCAAAUAUUAUAAAACACCACCGGGAUUGUUUUCCCCUUUCUUUUUUUCCUCCUUUUUAUGCAUUUUUGCAGGAUUUCAGCAGCGAGAGCGCCACUGAGAAUUAGAUAAGAGCGAGGAAGAGAUGGACGAGCAGACGCGGCUGAUGCACUCUCACACCGGGGUAGGCAUGGCAGGGCACCCCGGCCUGCCGCAGCACAUGCAGGAAGGCACCGGAGGAACGGACGGCGACGGGAGGAAACAGGACAUUGGAGACAUUUUACAGCAAAUUAUGACCAUCACGGACCAGAGCCUGGACGAAGCACAAGCCAGGAAACACGCUCUGAACUGUCACAGAAUGAAGCCAGCUCUUUUCAAUGUCUUGUGUGAAAUCAAAGAGAAAACAGUGCUGAGUAUCCGCGGCGCCCAAGAGGAGGAGCCCCCGGAUCCCCAGCUCAUGCGCCUGGACAACAUGCUGCUGGCGGAGGGCGUGUCCGGUCCGGAGAAAGGCGGGGGCUCGGCAGCGGCGGCGGCUGCGGCGGCAGCCUCGGGAGGAGGAGCGGGGCCCGACAACUCGGCAGAGCACUCCGACUACAGAGCCAAGCUGACCCAGAUCAGACAGAUCUACCACACAGAGCUGGAGAAGUACGAACAGGCCUGUAACGAGUUCACCACCCACGUCAUGAACCUGUUGCGGGAGCAGUCGCGCACACGGCCGAUUUCGCCAAAAGAGAUCGAGCGCAUGGUGAACAUCAUCCACCGCAAGUUCAGCUCCAUCCAGAUGCAGCUGAAGCAGAGCACCUGCGAGGCCGUCAUGAUCCUGCGCUCACGCUUCCUCGACGCCAGACGGAAAAGGCGAAACUUCAACAAGCAGGCGACAGAGAUCCUGAACGAGUAUUUCUACUCACACCUCAGUAACCCAUACCCCAGUGAGGAGGCUAAAGAGGAGCUGGCAAAGAAGUGUGCCAUCACAGUGGCCCAGGUUUCCAACUGGUUUGGGAAUAAACGAAUCAGAUACAAGAAAAACAUUGGUAAGUUCCAAGAAGAAGCCAACAUGUACGCUGCGAGAACUGCCGUGAAUGCGGCUAAUGCAUCCUCACAUGGAAGCCAAGCAAAUUCACCCUCAACUCCAAACUCUGCAGGUUCUGCUGGCUCUUUUAACAUGUCAAACUCCGGGGACUUGUUCAUGAGCGUGCAGUCUCUCAAUGGGGACUCGUACCAGGGGGCUCAGGUGGGAGCCAACGUGCAGUCACAGGUGGAUACCCUUCGCCAUGUUAUCAGUCAGACAGGCGGAUACAGUGAAGGACUCACAGCCAACCAGAUGUACAGUCCGCAGGGCAUCAAUGCAAACGGCGGCUGGCAGGAUGCCCCGACCCCCUCAUCGGUGACUUCGCCCACAGAAGGACCCGGAAGCGUUCACUCCGACACCUCCAACUGAUCCUCCACCCCUCAACUCCUCCGUCCUCUGACCCUAACCUGCUUCACCACAUCUCCCAAAAUGUAACCCCCCCCUCCUCGGGGCUGGACGUACUGACGCUGGGGUCUGGGAUGACAUUAACGGACAAAUCUUUCAUUUAUUCUUAUCUGGACCGCCGUGUAAGAGGACUCACGCCCACCACCCUCACAGUUUGUACAGUUUCCACUCGAUGUCCAUGUUGCCUCUUUGUAUUUCUGACAGUACACACUCACACAGCAGGCACACAGCUAGCAGAAUGCCCUCCGUCUUGUAAAUUGAAAUGCUCCCACAUUACCUCGAUUCGAAACAUCAGAGAACUACAGGCUUCGGUUUUACUAAAGUGGUAGCACUUUCUAUGACUUCCAUGUCUAUGAUGCAUUAUUAAUACACUUAUAAUUCAAUAUAACCUGCUUUUAAGCUCUCAUAAAUAUUCAUAAUGAUUUAUAACAGCAAUUUUAACACAUAAUAAAACAUUUUAUGAAGACUUAUAAGGUCAAGUAUCAUAAUACUUCAUACUUGCUGGUCAUUCACUGACUAUCAGCAUGGAUCAUAGUGUGUUAUAGUUCCCAUUAGUUGUAAUGCUUAAUAAAAGUUUAAAAAUGCAUUAUAAUAUUUUUAGAAUGAUUACAAUUUGAUCAUAAGUCACCGUGAGAUAUCAUUGUUUGCUUUAAAUAAAGUUAAAAUGAAUUGUACGUGUUUUGUAUGUUCUAGGAUUUAGAUUUACUGAUGUUUUUCACUUUAUUUAACGCAAACAACGUUAGACUAACUUAUAAUCACUAUAAUGCCUUAUCAUAAGACAUUCAUCAAAAACAAACUCUUAUUACAAUUAUGGGAAUUAAAAUACUUUAUGGUUCUUGCAACAUUUAAAUGAUAGUGUUCUGAUACAUGACUUUAUGAAGUCUUUUUAAUGUUAUCUUACAUAACAAAUGUAUGAGUGGUAAUAACUACAAGCGCAUUCUAAGUAUGUUUAUAGUGCAUUACGGACAUGCAUAGACAGUGUUAUCACUAUUCUUUUAUAAUUAUCGAAAUUUUACUGUACACACACCAUGCCCUGUCUUUAAUACUAUCUAUAGUGCCAAAAUUCAACCCUAGAGUUAAGUUUUGAUCAUGUUUUUCAGGUCAUUGUUUGUGAAGUGUUAUUAUGUCCAGUCAUAAUAAUCAGGUAAUAUCCCAGGCUUGAUUUGUAUAGUUUGUAUUCAGAAUAAUAAUUCAACAGAUUCACAUUUUUUAGCAACAAAUAGAUUCUGUCUUGUUUGUUGGCGGCAUCCACAAUAUUUAGAAAUUGACCUGAAACACUAAACGAAUGACAACGCUAGAAGCCAUUUGGGCGUGUCAAAAUGUAUCAAAGCACAAGAACAUGUAGUGAUUUAGCUCAAAAGGUAAAAGUGUAAGAGAACAACGUUAAGAUGCAACUACAGGAGUCAUGUAUGGAAGACAAAGAGUGUGCGUACAUGGUCAGACAGUCAGUGUGUAUCAGUGAGGUCAAUAUAGCCAAAUACUGCUGGUAACCAAAUCCACAACAACAGCUGCAAUUCAGAUUUUAAGGUUCCAUGUUUGCAUGACUUUGACUCUGAAUUCACUUUUCCUUUCGGGAAAUAUAUUUGUGUAAAAAUCCUGAGAGCAGUUUGGGAAAUUUUGAACAGAUUUAAGAUUCAAUUAGAUUAUUCUUUACACCAUAUGAAGAAUGUAUUUUCUUUGCAACAAUAAUUGUGCUCAAAAUGUCCCAUUGCUCAGUAUUUUUGCACAAAUACACCACCAUAGACAGUCAGUUCCGAUCCCAUAACCCCCGUUUUCUAAUGUUAUUAUUUGAAGAACUUUAUAUUUUCCAAAUACUUUUAGAUUUCUUUUUAAAAUGAAACUAAAAACCACAAAUUGACACAAACCAAUCCAAAAUGUGAAACUAAAUUUGUGAUUUUUUUGUUGUAUGUACAGUAUUGUAUGUGGUCUAACAUCCUCAUUUGCAUACUUUGAUACCAAAAAAAGGUGGAAUUGUUAUCCUCUCCAUUGGGAUCAGCUUUACUGACAUUUCUUUUUUUCCUAGAAUUUUUAUUCUCUACGGUACUAGUGAGCGUCUAAUGCUCUCUGUAUUCAAAGCCAAAAAAAGCAGUUGGAAUACAGUGGUGUUUAUAUAAAUUAAAGCAGAAAUACCCUGAUGGCACACAAAUCCAGAAACUGUUUGGAUAUAUUUUUAUGUCUCCAUUUUGUGAAUAACUCUUUUUUUUCAUUUGAUAUUACUUUGCUUUGCUACAGGUCUUUUUUUAUGCUAUCAUUAUAUGUGAAUUAGCCCAAGAAUGCUCUAUAUACAGUUUGUAGAUAUGCACUUUUACUCUUUUCUUUUUUUGCAUCUUUGAAUUUGGACUGUCGUUUUUUGAACGCAGCCUGGUGGAUUAAAGGUGAAAUCCUGUCGUAAAUUUUUACGAAGACCACCGGAAAAAGUAAGAUGGCAGCUGUCAGAUGGAAGGUGACAUGAAAAGUUAGCAUUAAAAUACCAUCACACUCUGUCUUUGCUUUUAACCUCAACUGAACCCUUACGGAACCCUAAAGUGAAAUCCCGACAUCACAAAUACAGCGUGAGAACCCCAGGUAUUUUUGGGAAGUUGUCAGUGUGUUUGUAUUUAUUACACAUGUAUGAAAUCAUGGAUGUUUUGGAGCUGCUGUGUGGAAGUCGAACACGGAAGGCAUGAUGACACCAAACACUCAUUUGGAUCUACCCCCCACCUGCUCAGUGUUACAGUGGAGGGGCCAUGUCUUAGAGUCAUUGGAGUGAACUGACAGCAGCGGCCAUGCAAGGAACACAAGAGAGUGUUUCUGCAGUCCCACGCCCCCCAUCCCCACCCCCACCCCAGCCCCUGGAAGAAAAAAAGGCUUAACCCUACUUUUCACAUCGCCUGUCAAAUAUUAUCGAAGCUUCAUGUAAUGACGCUUUUUAGUUUUUGAAUAUAAAAGGAAAAGAGACAUGAUGAAGAAAUAUGAACAAUUUGUAAAACAUGAAAUGUUUUAUUUGUUGCAUGUCUUUUUGUUCUUCAAUAAAAAAUAACGUACUGCAGUGUUUUUGAAUGUUAACUUCUUUUUUAUAAGGAUUUCAGAGUGAAACCGUAGAGCCUUUUUCUUGACAGGUUUUACAUUUUAAGAUCUCUGCGUAUGUAAAAAGGUAUCAAAUGGAAAUUGUCUUUUUAAUUCCGAUUCUAAAACCUGUUUUUUCUGUGGAGAACAAUUAGCUGAGAGGUGUAGGUUUUAUGGUCUCUUAAUUUGUACUGGCAAUGCGUAUCCCAAAUAAAUAGUUUCUUUUGUUGCAUA